AUUUUAAGAAAUAUUUCAGACAGAUAAAAUGAUUCAAAACUCUUCAAGACAAGGUUCUCAGGUCCGCAAACAAAACUCUAGAUCCAGAUCAGGAUCUUCUGUUAAAAAGGCUAUAAGAUCCAAGUCCAGAAGUAGGUCGUCUGAUAGAGGAAGCAGAAGAAGUUCACCAAAAAGAUCAAUCAGCCGUAAAAGAUCAAACAGCCGUAAAAGAUCAAACAGCCGUAAAAGAUCAAACAGCCGUAAAAGAUCAAACAGUCGUAAAAGAUCAAAUAGUCGAAGAUCUAUCAGUAGGAGAAGAUCCACGAGUAGAAGCAGAUCUAGAAGCAGGGAUAGAUACAGGAGCAGGAGCAAAAAAAGAUCCAGGUCUUAUAGCAGAAGAAGAUCUCGAAGUUCCCGAAGACGAAGGUCUUACAGUAGAAGAUCCUCAUCAAGAUCAAGAUCAAGAUCAAGAUCACGAUCGAGAAGAAACCUAUCUCCAGAUCCAGAUGGUUACAGGCUUCACAUUGCAGAUUUAGAUGAGCAUGCACGAAAGAAGGACCUGGAGCGCGUUUUCAUGAAGUAUGGACCAUUGAAAGAGAUCUGGUUGGCCAGCUAUGCUCCAUUCUAUGCUUUUGUUGUUUACAGAAACCGGUUGGAUGCUCAGGAUGCAUGUGAGGAGGCUGAGGGUGCUGAUGUAGCGGGGAAACGGAUUCGUGUCACAUACGCUCGUCCUAGACACGUCGGGCCUAGGCAUAGAUAUUCAUCAGAUAGACAUAGAGACAGCGGAUACAGAAGAUAGAUCCCACAAGUGUUAAGACGGAUGAUAAUUCGAAGGGUUCCAAACUUGAUGAUUUUUGAUUGAUAGGACAGUUGGUUUGAGAAGUAUGUCAAUAUAAGUUAAACUUUUUUUUUGUAUAUUUUGUCUAUCUGUUUAUAGUCUUUGAUUUGUGAAUUGGCUGUUCAACAUAUAAUUCAACAUUUAAGGUUUUUCUUACUUGAAAACAAGCCUAAGCCUGGCCUUAGUGUAAUCUGUAAAUACUAUAAUUCUAAAUAUUUAUCAGGAAUGUUUUUAAACAUAUCUCUGUACUGUAUCUUCUUUCAGAGCUUAGACUUUUAACACUCUAUUCAUCUAUUUAUUCAUUCCAUGGACAUGAUAAUUUCUCGAUAAGUUGAGAAUAUUACUGUGCUUGGCGUAAUCUUCUAAAAAUCGGAAAAUAUUUACAGUUUUUAUCAUUGGUUCAAGACGAAAUACCGAGUAUAUCUACUUGAAACUAAAUAUUAUACUAAUUUUGAAUUUUUUUUUUAAUAAAAAAGCCACGCAAUAUUUGUUUUGUGGAAGACACUAUAGAUGGAAACCUUAGACCGCACAAAUUAGCGAGCUACCGAGUGCCGACCUAUUUAACCUAUUGUGAUAUGUUUUCUUGAAUUCCUAAGGAUAAUUUAGACAUUUUUAUGGUUUUUAUUUUAUUUUAUUCUCAAUUGAUAAGUCAUAUUUUUUUUGCUAUACGGAGAUUUUUUAUUGUUCUGAAUAAUUUCUUAAAUAUCAUAUAAUCACACAAACUACUGGAGUAAGCACCACAUUUCUUAUCUCUUGACAAUAUUUUUUUUAAAAAGAUUCAAUCUUCCUUAUCAAGGCAUAUUUUAGAUAUCCUACGUCACUUUGAAGUUAUUAUGACAAUCCUACUCUAAAAAUCUGAACAUCGAAAAUCCGUUUUAAAUUUAAUUUAAAAAGGAAAACUUUCUCAAUUAUUCUUUUAAUGUUUAUCUGAACUAUAAUAUUCAACCCAUUAGAUGUAGUGCGGAUAAACCUUCGUUCCGGUAAUACAACCCCAAAACAAGAAAUGUUUAACAAGCUGAUGUAAUUUCUUGUCAGAACAAAAUCACGAACAUCACAUAUAAUACAGGGUGACCCAAUAAACAUGGGAAUUGAGUGACGAUUUCGAUAUCGUCUUUUUAAAUAAUUCUUUAAUUUAGUAUUACCUACGGAGAAGAUUUUUUUGAAAUCAGGUAUUACAAUGCUAAUUCUGAACAAAGCCGAUCUCGAAUGCUUCACUCAAUUCCCAUGUUUAUUGGGACACCUUGUACUAUUCUUUUAUAAAAUGACCUCUAGUUAUUAUUCUACAGUAAAACGAGGGUUAAAAACACAGAUUAAAUUUUGCCAAUUUUAAUUCAUGUAAUAUAUCAUUCCGAUUUUAAGUGUUUUACAUAAUUACUUGUAAUAUUUUAUUAUUUUAGAUCCGUUUGUUUUGUUACUUUUGAAGUUUUGUGAAAUAUAUAUUGCUGUAUUUUCA